AUGGACGAGAAGGGCCUACCAUUUGUGGACGAGCUCUUCAGCAGAGCGGUAGUGAAGAUGAGAGAUCUCGCUGCUAUGGAGGACGACCGCUCCAACGACGUGAUCUGCGCUGCCGGCUUCAUCAAGAUGGCAGUUUCCAUGAGCGUGUCAGAGUUCAACAAGGAGAACGAGAGGAACGUGACGUCCAGCCUGUCGCUCGUCACUCAUCUGUGCAGGACAGACGUGCAGGCUCGCAGAGAGACAUGGCAGAUCGUUGGGCCGAGAGGGUUAAUCUUCUUCCUGCGGCGCAAAACCGAGAAGAAUAUCUUGAAAGCAGCCCUGAUGCUGGCAAUAACACUUACCAGCGAUAUUGAAGGCGACGAGGAGGAGGGGACUCAGAGGUUCCUGAGGGAAGUCAAGAACGACCUCGUCUCCUCCAACGUGCUGCAUGUCCUGAUGGACCUCGUGAGCAUCUCCGAGGAGGACGGGGUAAGCUUCAAGUUCCCUCUGGACAUCGUCAAGCUCUCCAUCCAAGUCAUCCUGCUCCUGGGAUACGAGUGCAUCAGUCAGGAGGCUGGGAGCGAGGAGCUUCUCUUGCGCUUGAAUCGAAUCCUAUGGAUCAUUGUGGACCGAUACGACGAUCCCGAGAUCAAAGAAAUCUCUGCAGCACUUGCGGAGCAGAUCCCCUUUGGAAGAGACGCGGGCACAGAGGAGGCAGACGAGCUGAUAUUGAUGCCGAUCCUCGUCAAGAUCUUGAGCCAUGGCUAUUCGAGCAUGAUCUUAUCAUUCAUGUCGAGCAAGGCAAAGGGGAGGAAGAAGAGUGUUAUCCGAAGACUGUGCGCGAGGCGAAGCUUACAGGAGCUCUUCCUCGCCCUCGGAGGGCUCCCCCCUCUCGUUCUCAUCUCCCUCUACUCAGAACCAUCGCAGAAGGUCAAUUCUCCUCAUCCUGUUGCUUGCGUCCCUGAUCCUAAGCAGCAAGCAGCCGAGAUGCUGAUAGCACAAGUCGCGCUGUCCGAGAAGGCGAGGGAGGAAGUUUACAGCAUGCAAGAGUUCUUCAUCAAGACUUACGGCAUAGAUAGAUUACCAACCACGGCGUGA